GGGAGGGAGGAGGGUUGGCAAGGGGGAGCGCCAUCUUUGAGCGGCGAGUUGAGGGAGCAGCGCCUCAGCGGUAGCCCUCGUCUGUUGUUGUUUAUUCGGUAUUAGUGUCAUCGUUAUCAUCUUGUCGUCGUGAGCGCGACUUGAUCGUAUCGACGGGCGACACGGUUUUUGUUUUAUUAAACCCAUCGCCGCCUCACGUCGUCAUCGCGGCCACCCUCAGUCGCCGCUCGGCGCGUGCGAGCGCGAGCCCCCAUGGCCUCCGAAGGCAACGCAGAGCAGGUGCAGGAGUACGUUCCGGAGAAAGUGAAGAAAGCGGAGCGAAAACUUGAGGACAACCCGUAUGACAUCGAAGCAUGGAGCGUGCUCAUCCGAGAGGCGCAGAAUCAAGUUCCCGACAAGGCCCGGCGCAUCCUGGAGCGGCUCGUUAACCAAUUCACCAAUUCUGGUCGAUACUGGAAGACCUACAUAGAGGCAGAGAUAAAAUCCAAACACUUUGACAGAGUAGAAAAGCUGUUCCAGCGAUGUCUCAUGAAGGUUCUGCACAUCGAUUUGUGGAAAUGCUACCUCACCUACGUGCGCGACACCAAGGGAAAGCUGCCCAGUUUCAAAGAGAAGAUGGCUCAGGCCUAUGACUUUGCCCUGGACAAGAUUGGAAUGGACAUCAUGUCUUACCCAAUCUGGGUUGACUACAUCAGCUUCCUUAAGGGAGUGGAGGCGGUGGGCUCGUACGCGGAGAACCAGCGCAUCACGGCCGUGCGCAGGGUCUACCAGCGUGGAUGCGUCAACCCCAUGAUCAACAUCGAGCACCUGUGGCGAGACUACAACAAAUACGAGGAGGGCAUUAACGUGCACCUUGCCAAGAAGAUGAUCGACGAUCGGAGCCGAGAUUACAUGAACGCACGCCGUGUCGCCAAGGAGUACGAGACCGUGACCAAGGGGCUGGACAGGAACGCGCCGUCGGUGCCGCCCCAGAACACGCCACAGGAGGCGCACCAGGUGGAGCUGUGGAAGCGCUACAUCCAGUGGGAGAAGGGCAACCCGCUGCGCACCGAGGACCAGACGCUGCUCACCAAGCGCGUGAUGUUUGCAUACGAGCAGUGCCUGCUGGUGCUCGGCCACCACCCCGACAUCUGGUACGAAGCGGCGCAAUACCUGGAGCACUCAAGCAAGCUUCUCGCGGAGAAGGGGGACAUCAACAACUCGAAACUCUUCAGCGACGAGGCGGCCGCCAUCUAUGAGCGUGCCAUCAGCACCCUGCUACGCAAAAACAUGCUCCUCUACUUCGCGUACGCAGACUUCGAAGAGAGCCGCAUGAAAUACGAGAAGGUGCACAGCAUUUACAGCCGCCUGGCUGCCGUGGAGGACAUCGACCCCACGCUGGUCUACAUCCAGUACAUGAAGUUUGCGCGGCGCGCUGAAGGCAUCAAGGCGGGCCGCACCGUGUUCAAGAAGGCGCGCGAGGACAUUCGCACGCGGCACCACGUCUACGUGGCGGCCGCCCUCAUGGAGUACUACUGCAGCAAGGACAAGGCGGUCGCGUUCAAGAUUUUCGAGUUGGGAUUGAAGAAAUAUGGCGACACGCCCGAGUAUAUCCUCGCGUACAUUGACUACCUCUCGCAUCUCAAUGAGGACAACAACACCAGAGUGCUGUUUGAGCGAGUGCUGACGUCUGGAAGCCUACCGCCUGAAAAAUCCAGCGAGAUUUGGGCGCGCUUCCUGAGCUUCGAGAGCAGCAUCGGCGACCUGGCGAGCAUCCUCAAGGUGGAGAAGCGGCGCUUCACCGCGUUCCGCGAGGAGUACGAUGGCAAGGAGACGGCGCUGCUUGUCGACCGCUACCAGUUCAUGGACCUGUACCCCUGCUCUUCGUCCGAGCUCAAGGCUCUGGGAUACAAGGACGUAACGCGCGCUAAGAUGACGUCGUCCCAGCCAGACCCUGUGUCCGUCCCGUCGACCGCGCCGACCUCCUCGGAGGAGGACGUAACGAGGAAGCCUGAAUACCCCAAACCAAACAUCCACCAGAUGACGCCGUUUCAGCCAAGACACAUGGCUCCUCCUGGCCUGCACCCUGUUCCGGGAGGAGUAUUCCCCGUUCCUCCCGCCGCCGUGCACCUCAUGAAGCUUUGUCCGCCCCCCUUAAGCUUCCAGGGCCCGUUCGUGCACGUGGACAAGUUGAUCGACCUCUUCAGGGAAUUCAAGCUCCCGGAGACGGUGGGAAAGGCGGUCGAGCUCAUCUCCCAGAGCCACGCGUCGGCCGAGGCGGCCGCGGCCACGGCGUCGGCGGCCGAGGGGAACAACGGCAGCGCCGACGGCGGCUCCCACCGGGGUCACGACACCGUGCGCAGGUCGGGGGCGGUGAAGCGCUCGGCGGCGGACGACUCGGACGAGGAGGACGACAAGGCGAGGGCGGGCGGAGGGGCGUCCUCGUCCUCCGUCUCUUCGGCGUCGUCCUCGAACGCUAAACGGGCGAUGACUUCUACCACCCCGCCCGCCCAUGACAUUUACCGCGUGCGGCAGCAGAAGAAAGUGCGAUAGUGCCGCUACGCCCCUCCCUCCCUCCCAUCCAUCCAUCCAUCCAUCCCUCCCGUAGCACGCUCAGCGCACUCCCACACUGAGCUUGCCACCUGUAUAGAUGGGUUUACCAUUCACACCAGGCUUGUCCACCUCCAGUGUACAUUGGGCUUGCCACCUGUACAGACUGCUGUUGCCUCCGCUGCAUGCAUUAAACUUACCACCACUUUUCAAUACCUGUCUUUGUGGGUUUGUCUUUUACAAACUGGGCUGACUGCAAGUAUAAAUUGGGCUUGCCACUUGCACAGACUUCACUUGCCAUCCAUCGGUACGUGGUAUACAACCUCUGCUGACAGGCCUUACUCAGAAGUGUACAGCUACCAGUUUGCACCGGGUUUGAUGUCGUUGAAAGCAUGGAACUUGAUCCCACUCCUGAAUGCACUUGUCAUUGGUAUCGACUGGGUUUGGCACCUGUACAUCCCGGGCUUUCCACCGAUAUCUCAUCCUGACUUGCCAAAUGUGUCCAAUGUGAAUUACACCAGUGCAGGCUAGGCCUAUUGUACCUGUGGUGUGGUGGUCCAUCGUGUCGACAAUAGUCCCAAGGCAAUGCUCCACGCACAAGGGACACUGAUGGCGCUGCAGUGGCAGGUGAUGCCGGUGGCGUCGGUAGUGUUAGCCGCUGCCAGCGUUAUUGCGCAGUCUGUGGAGCGUGUGUGUGUGUGUUGGAGGAGGAGCGGUGGUGUAGCGGUUAGCGCGCUGCGAACCCGGCAACCCGGGUUAGUAUUCCCGCUCGCGGCCAACACGAGUACGGAUUAUCCUGAACUGGUCGUGGGCUUUCCCCUAGAUCGACUCGGCCUCAAAUGAGUACCUGGUGCGGUGUGUAAAACAUCGCCACUGGGGAGACAAAGGCGGCCGCGCGUGGUGUUGGCCACCCGCCCCCUCGUGUGCCGUUCCGGCCUUCAUAGGUAUUCGUGAACAGCACUUGCCCCAACAUUAUGUUAAGGCUAUACAGGGCAUCUUUCUCUUUGCUGUGUCGAUGGGAAACCCCUCAUGAUUGCUCCAGACCUUUCGUGCUACGCUGCUUGCAAAUACUCUUUUGCAAUGUGGAUAAUUAAACAUCUAGAACAUGACAGCAAAGAGAAUGCAAGCAAAAUGGACUUCAUUUUUUGUUAUUUUAUAAAGUUCACUUUCCACGGCCACGUGGGAGAGAGAGCGACAUUCUUUGUGUUCAAUUUGUAACAACAAAAACGCCUUGAGGAAUUUACAGGCCCGACAUUGUCCUGAGUAAACUUGGGACCAAAUGCGAGUUUCCGAGAUGAGCUACAUUUGUUCAAUUUGAAAACCCUUUUGAAAAAAAAAAGAAUACUUUUUAAGGAGGACGCAUUGCAAACAAAAAAGCAAGUAGCUAUUGUCGGUGUUUUCUCAGACCGUCUCAAGCUGCCUUGACAUCAAUUUGCGGCUUUGCUAACGAGAGAUAAAAUGAUGUCAUCAUGGCCGCAGCCUCUCUAGUGGGUGUCACAACGUUACUGCAGGGCUACAGCACCGUACUUAUUUUUUUCUUUUUUUCUCAAUCUCUUGUUGGGCAACCUGGGAUACUACGGCCUAGAUUUGUACCAACGGGAUGCGAACUUGCGUAUCGAGUUGCUCACUUGGUGAUCGGGCGUAAAAAGUUUGGGCACGUUAAGCGGCACGUGGUAUUUUGUGCCACGCGGCAGGUCAAUCGGAUCUUCCCAGAUAAAGAGCUCUGGCCCAUUAACGCCUUCAGCAAUGCUGCUGGAGUAAGGUUUUUGUGGCAUUUUGGGUUGGAGAGGAACGCUCUAACGGCUCUUAAAGAGUGGCUGCUUGUGAUGUCACUGCGUGGAAACGUGCACCACCGUCCACGUACUUUAAAUUUUCCCAUCUACGUGGGGAAUUAAAAGUACGAGACAUCACGACAUCAUGAACGAAUUGUUCUAGAUCUACUUUAAAGAGGACGUGCAAGCCUCUUCAUGAGCUACUAGCAGUCGGCAAAUGAUGGUGUAACUAUUUUUCACCUCUUCGACCAAAUCACCUGACAUGCGACCAAUCUUUUCAUAUUUCAGAAGCUAGGCAGCGUUGAGCCUCAAUAGUGCUUGGACGGGCGACCACGGCAUGAAUGCAGGUGCAGGCUGUCGCGUGGCUACGCCGCGAGUCGAGAUUGGUGAGGAAAAAUCUAUUGUACUGUAUUAUUUUACAAUAUCUGCGCUCCCUGUUGUCCCGAGCCAGUGCCGGUGAAGUACGGCAUCGAGGCCUCUACAAGCGACGCGGCAAGGAGGGGGGGCGGUGGGGUGGGGGGAGGCCCUUAUCCAGCUGUGCAAUUUCACCUUCGACUGCUGGGAACGAAUGCCGAGGAUGUUGAGCUCGGACUUGGGUCAGUGGGCCAGUCACGGGUUCCCUCUGUGCACCGUUUGUGGAUCAUCUUCGAUGGAAUUGAGAUGCUCCUCGAGGAAUUGCCCCUUUGUGGUGGACGUCGUUCAAAGGGGAGAAAAUUCCUCAAAUGUCAAUUCACCCUUCAGGGACGGUCUUGAUAUUUAUGGAAAAAACGAACCUCUUAAACGCGUUGCGCGCACAUGCUGCUGUAAACGCCGACCGGAGCGCGUGCACUCUGCACUUCUCAACAUGCAGACCCGACGCAGUCCGCGCGAGAAUGCACUGACAUUUCAUGCUUGAUGAUGGGAAGAGUUGGGGCGGGGGAGGGGAUGGGAAAACCUAAAAAUAUUUUUUAAUGCAUUGUAUAAAUUUACAUCAAUGUGUGAGACACUGUAAGUCCGACUGUGUUUUUAUUGUGUGCGUUGCAGAGGUGUAUAUAAGACGACGCGAACGCAUUUUUUGUUUGUUUCGCGCUUUACUUUUUUGCGCGUUCAAAUGCGACGGCCGCGCUUGGAUUUUUACCCUGACGCGACUCUGCACACGCAGGGCCGACGGCGGCAGCCGAAUUGACGUGCUAUGUCGAAUCGUGCAAAAAAUACACCUGAAAGUUGGGGAGGGGGGGGGGGAACCAGUUCCUAGCCAAGUGAUGUCGCUUAAUGUUCGCGUGGAAUGUUUCGACGUUGAGCCAGCCAUGGUUAGAUUUGUCAUUUUUUGUUUUUCGCCGUAUUUCCAUGCCAAAACUUCAUGCUCGAAGCGCAGCACAGUCUAUACACGAUGUCGUUUUGGAAAUUGUUAUCAGUGGUCAAAAUUGGUUUAACACGUCGGCAUUCGCGACCGCAACUCUGGCUGUCGCCUGAUGAUGCUAGUUGUAAUUACUGGUGAAACAUCGUACUCGAAUUGUAAAUGUUGUGGGUUUGCUCUCCAUUACACCGGUGUGCUGUACUUGUAACGAAUUGCCAUGUUUUGUCUAAGUGACAAAGCUUACUAAUUGGCUGUGUCGGGUGGAGGCGGGCUUAACGGCACAUUUAUGCGAUCUAACCCUAAAAACCUAACCCCUAAAACCUCUGUUAUGGAGUUGGCAAUAUACAAAUACAGGGUGCUUCAAACGAAUUUGAACACUUCUGAGAAUUUGCAACAACGCCACAAGAAAUAUGCCUCUGGAGACCACCCGGAGAAGAUUCCAGGCAUGCGUUGACAACGAUGGCGAACAAGUGGAGAGUGACUUUUCGAAGCUAUUACCAUCACAUUUGUUAUCAUGUUCUUUUUCCAUUAAAAACUAAAAUCCCAUAAAAGUGUUAACAUUUUUUGGAAGCACCCUGUAGGCAAGUCCCCACCGUGUGAAACGUAUUUGUCCUGCUGCCCAUGCUCUCCGGCGCUCUCCCUCUGCGGUGAAACAUCGAGGCGUAGAAGCAGGACCCCAGUUCUGAAGAGUUUUGUUUCGGUGAUAUCCGCGUUGUGCUCCGAUGAGAAGUGCCGGCGUGGUGUAACCGUCAUGUUUUGGCUCGUUUCAACAACCGCUUGUAAGUAUAUGUUAAAAAAAACCUCCCACAAGAUAGAAAGUUUUCAUACUUUUGUUAAAUAUAUAGCAGACGUCAUUCUUUUUCCACUUACAAAUGUGUACAAUAAUGCCAGCGCGCCGCGGACGUUUAUACGUUGAUGUGCAUGUUACACUAACUAGGGCGUGAAAGUGAAAUACAUGGAUACAUUCAAGGAUCGUGUUCAUUGCUUCAGGGUAGGAUGCCUUAGACCAAGAGAGUGUCUCCGAGGCUUACAUUUCACGUCUUGAAAAUGUAUUCUGAAGUGGCUUAAUAAAAAAAAAUGUCCCUGUACCUAAAUUGCAGGCGAUGCCAAUGUGAAUAUUUACAGCCCCGUGCGGCCUGGUGGAUGGUCCCCACUGGGUUCCACGUGUGAGCCAGUUUCAGAUGCGAGUGGGAGAAGGACAUUUGCAAAUGUGGUGAACUGUGCCUGGUUCCCGAAGCCACGUGACAUUGCCACGUGAACCGGACAGCCCUGACCAUUGAAAUGUUUGGCGCUUUGGCAGUGAGCCCCUGCGCCCAAUUAAAUUAGAACCGGAUAUGAUUUUAAUGUAUUUAGGACCCCGUGAAUCCACCACACCGUGGCUUGUACAUUUUGACUAAAAACGAAAUAAAUGGAAAUUAUUGACA